UAUCAAUCUAUAUUUUCAAAUAAUGGUAUUGAAAGUAAUAGCCUUAAAUAAAUAAGAAUUAUUUUAAUUGUAUGUAAAGUUUGACUAGAUCUGAUUCAAUAUGUAUAUUUGUCAUGAAUGUUGCCCAUUCAGAUGCAUAUACAUGUAUGUAAGCAUGCAUUUGCCGUACAUGUCACACAUUAUAGCUAAAUCCGGAAUCUAUAAGCGAGCUUGUAAAAAAAAUGGCGCCCCUCUCCCCAGCGAACGUGACCCCGCCCCAUAGUUUGUGCACCACUAUUUUUAAGUUCGUGACAUAACAUAACUCUCACUCGGGUUUGAGUGCGUUGAUUUUAAUUCUGAAUUUAGUUGUGCGCAUGCGCGCUUUUCUAUGAAUUCAAAUUUGUAGCCUUUGAAGUAGUGUACAACAGUAGAAGGUUAUGUUCUCUUGCACGUAUAUAAUUGAUUGUAAAUAUCUAGUGAUUUAAACAGCAAUUUUAUUUGUAUGUCAUUGUAUUACAUUCUUUUGAAAAUGAGUAAAAAAUUGAAACUUAAUAAUCUUGUAUCAACAAGAUCUCUACGUUCUGGAAAUAAAACCGCUAAUACAGAUGCCCUGGGUGCAACUUCAACAUAUUUUGACAAUGAAGAAAACAUAUUGCUACAUAAAACUGAGAAGAAAAAGCGUACACCGAUAGAAAUAAAAUAUGAAGAAGUAAAGGAUGAAGAUGAAAUAAAAUGUCUGAAUGUGAAAAUUGAAGAUUUUAAAAAUAAAAUUGUGAAAGAAGUUAUGACAGAUGAAAAUUUGUGGAUGCCAAAAAAUUGGAAAACGAUAUUAGAAAACAUUAAAGAAAUGCGAAAACAUAGAACAGCACCUGUGGAUGAAAUGGGUUGUCACAAAUGCGCAGAUCCUAAAGCAUCUGCGAAACUUUCUAGGUAUCAAUCAUUAAUCGCAUUGAUGCUUAGUAGUCAAACCAAAGAUCAAGUUACUCAUGCAGCUAUGCAAAGAUUAAAUACAUAUGGAUGUACUCCAGAAGUAAUAACAAAUACUCCUGAUGAAAUUCUUGGGAAACUUAUAUAUCCUGUUGGAUUCUGGAAGAGAAAAGUGGAAUAUAUUAAAAGGACAUCCAUAAUCUUAAUAGACAAGUAUGGAGGUGAUAUUCCUGAAACAGUGAAAGAGUUGUGCGAUUUACCUGGUGUUGGGCCAAAGAUGGCUCAUAUUUGUAUGCAAAUAGCAUGGGGUCAUGUAUCUGGUAUUGGUGUGGACACACAUGUGCAUCGUAUUACUAACAGAUUGAAGUGGGCAGAAAAACCGACAAAAACCCCAGAAGAAACCAGGAUUGCAUUGGAGAAAUGGCUUCCAAAAGAUCUUUGGAAGGAGCUAGAAAAAUAUCUGCGGAAGCAUAGGAGAGAUUUCACAGUCCCUCGUACGAAGUCUGUAGGCCGGCGCAUGCGUGGGAAAUCCCUUUCAUGAAAAGAAUCCCUCAAACUGGCAAGAUAUACUAUACCAUCCAUGGGACAUGUGCGUAAGGAAUGGUCGAGCGUGGUGAGUCGACUUGCCACUAGUAGGUGGAAAGCGUUCGUCAUUUCCAGCGUGAGAAUGCAUCGGGUAUAAGUGAUUGGUUCUUUUCACGACAAGAAGAUCCGUCGGUAGGCGGGCAGCCGUAGGGCGGGGGCUCUAUUGAUUUAAAUUUGGUUUGCCGGUGCGCGUGUCAAUAGUCAAUAUACUGCCGCGAAGAGCGCGCGCUCGAGCACCUGCGCUUACACUGGUCGUGUGUUGUGCAGAUCAAAAGGUUAGGCCCUUAGCAGUGCAGUCGAUAG